GGUAAAAGGAGGAGGGGAGAGGCAAGCCAUGUUUAAAACAAACUACACCCUUCUCCUCGCCUCCCGCGGCAGACCCUCUCCAGAGGGUGCUGAAGGCAAGGAUGCAGCAAAAGUAACUAAACAAGAGCCCACUAGACGAUCAGCAAGAUUGUCAGCUAAACCUGCUCCACCAAAACCUGAACCCAAACCAAGGAAAACCACGAAGAAGGAACCUGGAACAAAGGCCAACAAAGGUGCUAAAGGGAAGAAGGAUGAAAAGCAAGAAGCUGCAAAGGAAGGUACUACACCAUCUGAAAAUGGUGAAAAUAAAGCUGAAGAGGCUCAGAAAACUGAAUCUGUAGGUGACAAGAAUGAAUGAAAUAUCAUGAAAAUUUUGGGUUGAUUUUAUGUACCUCUUGGACAACUUUUAAAAGAUAUUUUUAUCAAGUAUUUUGUAAAUGCUAAUUUUUUUAGGACUAUGAUAGUUGACAUAUUAAACUGUAUAUGAACGUUUCCCUUCUCAUAACAGUGCUUUUAGAAAUUCCCAUUGUUGCCAAGUAAUAUAAAUAUCAACUUAAUAUUGCAAGGUAUGUGUAAAAUUGGAUCAGCAUUCCAUACACUUGCUUUAAGAAGUUAAGUCUUGUGCAUAUGGUGAUGUUUUUACUGUGUGUAUUUGAAUUUUUCAUGCAGUUUUUCUAGAGCAAUAAUCAGUGGUGCUUUUGUACUUAGGGUUUAUGUGAUUUUAAUGAAACAUGGAUAGAUGUGGCCACCUGCUGACUAUUUUGGGUUCUUUUAAUGGAUUAAAAUAAAAGGUCUCCUUGCCUGCAAAACUACAGUCUCAUAAUGUUUUCUCUAAAUCUGAGGAAUGCCUUAUUCACAUUUUCAGCUGUUACAAGGAAGACUAAAUGAUUUAGCAACAAUUAUUUUGCAUGCAGUCUAUUUGCUUUUUUGCUGAUGUCUGAUUAAAAAAUACCCACACAGGAGUAGCAGGCUGGGAUUUUCAGUGGCCCACAACUUAAGGGACUUACAGAUACAUUCUUCAGAUACACUGUCACAGCGCGAGUAGAGUUGCAAUACUCUAUCAGGAUCUUGUGUCUGUAACGAGCUAUCAAUACAGAAUGAAUUGCUUGAUUGAUAGAGACAUACAGUAACUUAAAAGUAGCUUCGUUUCUCCCCCACUCUCUUUUCAGUAACUACAGAAGGCUUGUGUCGUACUCUGUGGAAACCUUUCUUUCUAUCUGCAGCCUCAAAUUUAAUAUAAAUAGUAAUUGCUGUUCUGCUUCAGCUGAGGACAGUUGUUAAUACAUCAAAAUCGCUGUUAAACAGCACUAUAUAUUUGGUACCUGGUAGAAAUGGAACAAUGAAAGUUAUUUUUGAGGUGAUGUGGUGGAUUAGCUAAUGAUUUUUUUUUUUAGUGUCCAUGUUUCAACUCUGCAGCUCAUUCUAAGUGUGUUUUAUAAUUUUUCUCCUUCGCUUUUCUCUAGGGGUCCUGGUAUUUCUAUUGUUACUUCUGGGAUGGGAGGGGUGAGAGAAAGGAUGUUCCCUGUUCUUCAGUAGCACUGAUUUGUAUUGCUCGAGUGGUGGCCAUUAUGUCUGAGGAUACCUAUUGCUUGUUUAAGUCAAUAAAUAAACGA